AUGAGAAAAUUAAGACCAUCAUUCAAUAACUUUUCUGUAAAAAAAUUAGAGUUAAGAGGGCCUGUUAUUGGAAUUAAUUUUGGUUUUACAAAUUCGUCUGUUGCAAUUUUGGAGGAAAGAAAAGCAAAGGUUCUCAAAAAUGAUGAAGGUUCUUUUACUACUCCCUCUGUUGUUUCUUUUACAAAAAAUGGUGGAGGGGGGAAAUGUUUGGUUGGGGCUCCAGCACUUAGACAGGCUGUUUUGAAUAGUCAAAAUACUGUUUUUAAUAUUAAACGAUUAAUUGGAAGGAAAUUUGAUGAUAAAGAGGUGCAAGAUUUUAUUAAAGAAUUUCCAAACAAAAUAUUAAAAUCUCCAAAUGGCGGCGAUGUUUUGAUUGAAAUCCAAGGAAAGCUUUAUUCCCCUCAACAAAUAACUUCUUUUAUUUUAAUUAAAUUAAAAGAAAUGACAGAAAAUUAUUUAAAUAAAAAAGUUGGGGAUGCAAUAAUUACUGUUCCAAAUUAUUUUGAUUAUUCACAAAAACAAGCAUUGAAACAAGCUGGGGAACUUGCUGGAAUGAAAAUUUUACGUUUUGUUCCUGAUUCUAUUGCUGCAGCAUUUGGUUAUGGAUUGGAUCGUUAUUGGAGAGGGUUUUUUAGAUUUAUAUUAAUUACUAGAGAAUAAUUGGGGCUUUUCUCGAGACUUUCUUUCCACUAUAUUAGGUACUGUAGUUCAAAAUUCAGUUCUUGUCUUAGGUAUAUAUCCCAUGCUAAUACUUUUUUUCGAGGAGAAAUGACCCGAUAUUGCCAUAACCUUCUUGAGUAGACUACUCACAUAAAAAAUUUUAUGGAAAUCAUGGUGGUUUUUUAUCCUAUUUAUAGAGGAUUUCCUCUAUUUUUGGCCUUCUCCUUAUUUUUUCCCUAUUUUCAACAUUCGGUGUACCCUGAUAAAUACAAUGAACCUAUUAACAAUAGAAGUAGUGGUCAACCCAACAAUUUUGCGAAAAAAUAAAGUGGGGUCAAGAUUCCUCUAAUUUUAUUAAAUUAAUUUAGCGCUGUUUGCAAUCUAAAUGGAGGGUCUUUUGAAUUUUCUGUUUUGAAGCUGAGAUAUUUUGGUUAUGAAAUUGUGUCAAAUAAAUAUGAUACUUGCCUUUCUGGAGAGGCUUUUAAUAAUGUUAUUGUUAAUUAUUUUGUUUCUGAAUUUAAACGAGAGAAUGGAAUUGAUUUAAAUAAGGUGUGUGUUGUUUUUAAAGAUUCAGGGCCUCAGAAGUAUAG